GUUUUUAAAUAAAGGUACGAUAUACAGCGAGGGGGUUGCCAGGCGGUGGUGGUGGUGGCGUUGUCAGUGUUGUGGUGCAGCCGCUGUGUCCGGGAGUGAGGGAAGCAAAACACUGCAAUCAUGGUACUGGAAAGCACAAUGAUAUGUGUGGACAACAGUGAAUAUAUGCGGAAUGGUGACUAUGUGCCCACUCGUCUCCAGGCUCAGCAAGAUGCAGUUAACACCAUCUGUAGGUUCAAGCUUCGCUCCAAUCCAGAAAACAAUGUGGGUCUCCUGACUCUGGCCAACAGCACAGAGGUUCUGGCAACACUAACAACUGAUGUGGGCAAGAUCCUGACUCCACUCCACAAGGUGCUUCCCAAUGGAACCAUCAAUCUGCUCACUGGAAUCCGCAUUGCCCAUCUGGCCCUGAAACACCGACAGAGCAAGAACCACAAGAUGCGCAUUGUGGCUUUUGUAGGCAGCCCUGUGGAAGUAGAGGAGAAGGAGAUUGUCAAGGUGGCCAAGAGGCUCAAGAAGGAGAAGGUCAACAUUGACAUCAUCAACUUUGGUGAAACGGAUAUGAACCAGACACUGCUUGAGUCUUUGGUGAGCACCAUUAAUGGACGUGAGGGGGGCAGCUCCCACUUGGUGACUGUGCCUCCUUCCCCACACCUGGCUGAUGCCUUGCUCUCUUCUCCCAUUGUUCAGGGUGAGGAUGGGGGCCCAGCAGCCACCUAUGCUUCAAGUGGUGGCUUUGAGUUUGGAGUUGACCCCAAUGAGGAUCCAGAACUUGCAUUGGCCUUACGUGUAUCAAUGGAGGAGCAGCGGCAGCGGCAGCAAGAGGAGGAGCGCCGUGUUGCCCAGGAGUCAGCCAAGGUUGCCCCCAUGGACACCACCCCUCAGCCUCCUGCCACCACCCCUACUCCACAACCUGCUGCUCAGGAAGGUGUGCAGUCUGAAGAGGAGAUGUUGCAGCAGGCCCUGGCCAUGUCUCUAGAGGCAGGUCGGCAACCCCAGGCUGGCAGUGGCACUCCCAGUAGUGCUGCCACAACAGGGAGUAGUGGGAAGGCUAGCACAGUUACCACCACUACCACUGCUGCUACUGCCACUACCACUGCUACCACUACCUCCACAGGACCCACUCUCCAAUCAGCAACCAUUCCUGAUUUUUCAACAAUGACUGAGGAGGAGCAGAUUGCCUAUGCUAUGCAGAUAUCCAUGCAGGACUGCAAACCUAAGGAAGAGCCCAUGGAUGUGGAUGCUCCAAAGGCUGCUGUUACAGCCACGCCUUCAGAAGCUCUUAAGGUAAAGAAGGAGGAGGAGGAGCAGGACUUCUCACAAGUGAUGGCUGACCCAGCCUUUCUUGAGAGUGUCCUGCAGACGCUGCCUGGUGUAGACCCUCAGAGCCAAGUAGUAAAAGAAGCAGUGGGCUCCCUAACUCAACAAGAGAAAGACAAAGACAAGGAUAAAAAGGAUAAAAAGAAAGAUGAUAAGCAAUAAGUAAUCAAUAUCUAGGCUGUAAGAUUUUGAGUUGGCUACUAGAGGCCGUGUAAAGCAGAAGCUAAAAGGGGAGAGUAUGCAUAGGGAUAAGGAUGAAGGUUUGGCUUAAUUAGCAUAUUUUUGUUUAGUAUUUUUUUGUCUAUUUUAGUUAUUCAGUGAAGAUCUAUCAGUUAAAUGUUUGUGAAAUGUAUUGUACACUGAAUUUCAAUUUUUUUUUUUUUUUUUUUUUUUAAUUUAUAUUGAAGCAUAUACAUAACUUGGGGCUGUGUAAGGUCAUUUGUGAUGCUUUGGCAAUGAUUGCACUGCUUCUCAGGUGUCAUCUUUGUGGAUCACAAGUCACCUUAUAGUAAACAAACAAACAUGAAAAUUGGGUGUAAAUGGUGGUGACUAUUGGAACUGGUUUUCAGGAUUAUUUUUUAUUUAUCAACUUUAUGGAAUUUAUGCAAUUCAUCCAGUAAAUUUUAUUAAGAAAAAAAGUAUUGAUUUCAAUAGUAGUAUAUGUUGCCAGCUGUGUCUCAUGAAAGUCUCAUGUUGAUUAUAGUGACACUGAAUUGAUCAGUUAGUAGUUGCAUUUGCAUUAGCUGUUAUAAAACAGCCAAGCAGUUGUGUGCCAAGGCAACAGCACCCAAGCUGUGUAUGCAUCUGCAUGCACUAUAAUAUACCCUAACUAUCAUCCUACAGUGUCUUUCCAUGUUUGUUCCAGGUUAGUCUUUAUUCUUUUAAUAAUUUUGGUAUGUUGUUAACUGUCAAUAAACUUUCUUGUAUAAGCCAA